GCGAGGGGGAGCGAGGAUUGAACACCUGGACCGGACAGGCCGGACCGAGGGACAGCGGCGGAAGGCAGAGCGCCCGGAUCUCUGUCGGGAAGCACAAUCUCCCCAACCCCGCGAGGCCGCGCAGAUCCUCAGCCCCGCGCCCGCUGUUUUCUCUAUCCAUCCCUCGCUUCCCAAGGGCCAUCCCCGGGCCCGGUCAUCUACGCGUGCAUCCUCAGGCUUGGGUCCAUCCCUGGCUCUCGAGGGAACCGCCGUCUCCAUCGUCGCCUCUGCAGAGACUGCACCAGAAGCAGCCCGGGCGGGACCUCGGCGUGAGCAUCGGGCGCCCCCUUAGGAGUGCACGACCCCCAGAGCCGCCCUCAACACGGACCGCGCCCGCUGGGCACACAAGAAUGGUCACUCAGAUACUGGGGGCCAUGGAGUCUCAGGUAGGGGGGGGCCCGACUGGCCCGGCCCUGCCCAACGGACCAAUCCUGGGGACCAACGGAGCCACUGAUGACAGCAAAACCAACCUCAUCGUCAAUUACCUGCCCCAGAACAUGACCCAAGAUGAGUUCAAGAGCCUCUUCGGCAGCAUUGGUGACAUCGAGUCCUGCAAGUUGGUUCGGGACAAGAUCACAGGACAGAGCCUCGGCUACGGGUUUGUAAAUUAUUCUGACCCCAACGACGCAGACAAAGCCAUCAACACCCUCAAUGGCCUCAAAUUGCAGACGAAGACCAUCAAGGUGUCCUAUGCCAGACCCAGUUCCGCAUCCAUCCGAGAUGCCAACCUAUAUGUCAGCGGGCUCCCCAAAACCAUGAGCCAGAAAGAAAUGGAGCAGCUCUUUUCUCAGUACGGUCGUAUCAUCACUUCUCGAAUCCUGGUGGACCAGGUCACAGGUGUCUCUCGGGGUGUGGGAUUCAUCCGCUUCGACAAGAGGAUUGAGGCCGAGGAGGCCAUCAAAGGACUGAAUGGGCAGAAGCCACUGGGUGCAGCUGAGCCCAUCACAGUCAAGUUUGCCAAUAACCCAAGUCAGAAGACAGGACAAGCCCUGCUCACUCACCUGUACCAGUCCUCGGCCCGGCGCUACGCAGGCCCCCUGCAUCAUCAGACACAGCGCUUCCGGCUGGACAAUUUGCUCAACAUGGCCUACGGAGUCAAGAGUCCCCUGUCGCUCAUCGCCAGGUUUUCACCGAUCGCCAUCGAUGGCAUGAGCGGCCUGGCUGGCGUGGGCCUGUCGGGAGGCGCAGCGGGGACCGGCUGGUGCAUCUUUGUGUACAACCUGUCGCCAGAGGCCGAUGAGAGCGUGCUGUGGCAGCUGUUCGGACCCUUUGGGGCCGUCACCAACGUCAAGGUCAUCCGCGAUUUCACCACCAACAAGUGCAAGGGCUUCGGCUUCGUCACCAUGACCAACUACGACGAGGCGGCCAUGGCCAUUGCCAGCCUCAAUGGCUACCGUCUGGGUGAGCGUGUGCUGCAGGUAUCCUUCAAGACCAGCAAACAGCACAAGGCCUGAGUCACCCACCCGCCGCCCUCCCUCCCCGGGCAGCAGAGAGAGAGAGAGAGAGAAAGGAGAGAGAGAGAGAGAGAAAGAGAGAGAGAGAAGGGGCCCAGAGAGCCCAGACAUAACCCCAUCCCUGCGGAAACCACAGGGUGAGCGUGGGGGAUGGGAAGGCCUGCAGGGAGUUCAUUGAGGGUAUCCGGGAGUCCCCUACCCCAUUCUCCCUGCCCUCCCCACCCCAAGCCGAGCUGUUUACUCUCUCGUCUUGGUUUAGUUCAUGGUAAAGGCUUUUGUUUCCUUUUUUCCGGCUAAAAAGAAAGCAGAGACGAGAACCCCCCACCCUCACCACCCUGCACAGGAUGGCUUAGGGAACACCCAGGUCCCCUUAACCAGGCUUCCUCAACACCUAGGUGCGCCUGGAGAGAGGUUUAAAAAUCCCCAAAAUAGCAAAACAUGAAAAGGGGUAUGGGCAUCCUCAGCCCCCCAAACCCCUUGGUAGAAUGUGGGGAAAAGGGGGCGUGGCUGGAAGCAGAAACAAAAUGAA